AUGAAAGAAAUAAGAUCAAGAGACGAAUUAAAAGGGAGUUGUGAUGAGGAUGAGGAUGUGGAUGAGGAAAUAGUAGAAUUGCAAUUGGAACUGGGAGAAUGUGCGGAUAGCUUCAACCUAGAAAAUGCAGUGUGCAACCAUGGCUUCUUCAUGAUGGCUCCAAACCGUUGGAUUCCAUCUAAGAAGACACUUGAACGUCCCUUGAGGCUUGCCAACUCCAUCACUUCUCUCACUGUUUCCAUCCAACAACCACAUCAUCAUCAUCACUAUCUCCUUGUACGAGUCCAUGGCGUUCAUCAUCUCUCCUCCCAGGAUCAACAAGCUAUUCUUAUUCAGGUGGCACGCAUGCUAAGGAUAUCUACCAAAGAUGAAAGGGAUGUGCAGAAAUUUCAUAGUAUGCAUCCAGAAGCCAAGAAAAGAGGUUUUGGACGAAUUUUUCGUUCUCCGACUUUAUUUGAAGAUGCUAUUAAGUCAAUUCUCCUUUGCAACUGCACGUGGAUGAGGACAUUGAAGAUGAGUCGAGAACUUUGUAAGCUUCAACUAGAAUUAAGCAGUGGGCUGAUCUGCCAUGAUGUCUUAAUAGGAAGAAAGAAAGGAACUACAAAUUCAAUAGGAAGAAGGAAAGGGUUAAAGAGAAAAUUACAAGCGACUUAUAAAAAUUCAAGUGAUGAUGAAGAUGCAGCAGCAGCAGCUGGUUUAUUAGGAAAUUUCCCAAGCCCACAAGAAUUGGCAAAGCUUAAUGCGAAGAUGUUGGAAGAACGUUGCAAUCUUGGUUAUAGAGCAACUCGCAUUCUUAAUUUCUCCAAACGAGUUGCGUCUGGUAAACUUGAGCUGAAGGAACCCGAGGACUUGGUCAACGACUAUGACUACGACAACCAUGAUGAUACAAAUGCAGUACCUGUACCAUACCUACAAUUGCAGCAAAAUUUGAUGAAAGUGAAAGGGUUUGGUCCUUUUGCUUGCACCAAUGUUCUGAUGUGCAGUGGGUACUAUAGACAAGUUCCAAAAGACUCCGAAACUAUCAGGCAUUGUGUCCAAAUCCAUGGCAGGAAAAAUUGCAACAAGAAAACAAUUGGAGCUAUUAUCCAAGAAAUUUAUGGCAAAUAUUCACCCUUUCAGUGCUUGGCAUACUGGUUUGAGCUCUUGGAUUACUAUGAGGCAAAGCAUGGUAGGCUAAGCGAGUUGCCUAAUUCUAGUUAUGGUAUCGUUACUGGCAGCAUUGACAUGAGCCAAGUGGUAAAGAAAAUAGGGACUUGA